AUGCUAGGGGACAUAUUCCAGGCGCUGGACCGACUGGAACACCGCAGCGAGGAAUUGGACCGCAAGAGUAGUUACGGAAUUUCGAUACACGACCUCUCGACACAGUUGGCGGCUCUUCUGCCGCCACCAUCUACGCCCUCACGCGAACUCUGGCUGGAAACGCCUCAGAGCCAUGAAGGGUCCCCUCCUCCGUCUUACGACGAUACCAUCGCGGAUCUUCCACCGGACUACACCACUACAGAUGCACUUGCCACAGCACAGACACCGGAGUACACACCGUUCCCAUCGCUGAAUGCUUCUAUAUGUUCUGACGUUCCCAACUGCUUGCGAAUAAGCCGCAAUACGUCACCAUCCUCUUCUCUCUUUCUAGACGAGAAACCACUUUAUGCAGAUAUCGAUUUCGGCUUCACUGAAGAUGGGGUCAAAUCGCAUGCAAAGAAGAAGGGCGGCAAGAAGGCCAAUGCGCCGGCCUCUAAGAGCCCUUUCGAUGAACCUGCGAAAGAGCCUGAUCCACCCGCAGAUCCUCCGCCAGAUGACAACGGCGGUGGUGAUCCACCAGCGGAUGGCGGAUCAGGCGGAGGCGAUGGUGGUGGUGAUGGCGGAGACGAGAAGAAAGAUGAUGAUUGGGGCGACGGGUGGGGCGCUGCAGCUGGCAAGAAGAAAAAGAAGACCAAGAAGCAAGAGGAGGAAGAACGCAAGAAGAAGGAAGAGGAAGAAGAAGCCGAGCGCAAGAAGAAGGAGGAGGAGGAUGCCGCUGCUGCGGCAGCUGCGGCCACGAAUACCGGCGCUGAUCUUAGCUGGGCAGAUGGCAACGGAACUGCCGCACCCGAAGAUGAUGGAUGGGGUUCAUUUGCGACUGCGGGGAAGAAGAAGAAGGGCAAAAAGGGAAAGGCGGCCGAACCCGCUGCACCACCACCUCCAGACCCGCAUGCAGCUGACCCUAAUACGACCUUUGAUAGUAUUGAUCUUGGAGACGACUCUGGUGCACCCAAGAUUGACAUGAACUUUGGUGACAUAGGCGCAAAAGCAUCUUCCUUCGACGACAAGAAAGACGAGGGCAAGGGUGACAAUCCAUGGGGCUCGGCUGAUUCAAAGCCGAAGGGAGGUGACGGUUUUGACUUCAAUUUCGACGCCUUCAACGCGGGGGGUGCGGCCGCACCACCACCAGUGGAAGAGAAGCCACCAGAAGAUGAUGGCUGGGGUUUCGGCUUUGGAGGCAAGGCUGACAAGAAGAGCAAGAAGAAGGGUGGCAUUUCAGCGUUAGUGGAGGAAUCUGUCCCUGAACCACCUCCAGCCGCACCACCCCCAGCCGAUGAAGACUGGGGAUCUUUCUCAUUCGGCGGUGCUAAGGAUAAGAAGAAGAAGGGCAAGAAGGGCGCUCUUAUCGAAGAGCCUCCCGCCGCACCCGAGCCUGUCCCAGAGCCCGAGCCCGCACCAGAACCACCCAAAGAGGAUGAUGGCUGGGGAUCAUUUGCUCCCACCACAACCAAGAAGAAGAAGGGAAAGAAAGGCGUUGUUGAAGAAAUUAUUGAGCCGCCCAAGGUCGAGGAACCUCCACCACCUCCACCAGAGCCCGCUCCAGCACCGCCUGCUGACGAUGAUGGCUGGGGUUCAUUUGCUCCCACUACGACCAAGAAGAAGAAGGGCAAGAAGGGGAGCGGCUUCGACCCUUUCGCUGGACUCAGCAAGGGUCAGAGGAAGAAGUUAGAAAAGAAACUGAAAGACGAAGCGGCUGCGAAGGCGAUAGCAGAUGAGGAAGAAGCUGAGCGUAAGAAGAUAGAGGAUGCGGAGGAAGCUGAGCGCAUCAAGAAGGAAGAAGAGGAAGCCGCUGCUGCUGCCACUGCCGCAGAGGCUGAAGCAGCGACGGCAGCUCCUGUCGAGCCAGUAAAGAGCCAGGACUCAUGGGGAGACUGGGGCGCGGCGACGACGGCCACAAGCAAGAAGAAGAAGGGUAAGAAGGGUAAGGAGGAACCUAAGGUCGAGGAGCCUCCGCCGCCACCGCCUGAACCCGAGCCCGAACCCGAACCAGCGCCCGUUGUUGAGGAAAAGAAGGACGAUUGGGCCGAUGAUUGGGGCAUGGCUGCAACCACGACAACGAAGAAGGGCAAGAAAAGUAAGAAGGGUGCCGUCGUACCUGAACCGCCGCCUGUAGUUGAGCCUCCACCACCUCCGGAACCAGAGCCUGUAGCCGAGCCCGAGCCCGAGCCCGAGCCUGUCGUUGAGGAACAGAAGGACGAUUUGGGGGAUGACUGGGGAAUGGCUGCGACUACCACGACGAAGAAGAAGAAGGGCAAGAGCGAGCCUGAGGCGAAGGAGAAGAAGGAAGACUGGGGCUUGAGCUCGAUCUGGGGCGGCAGCAAGAAGAAGAAGAAGGGCAAGAGCGAGCCUGAACCGCCGCCUCCUGAGCCAGAGCCUGUUGUAGAGGAGGCAGCUCAGAUCCAGGAAGCGGAUGGCAUUGAAGAACCCCCAGCGCCGGAAGAGGAUGAAUGGGGAACUCCGUCAUGGGGCAAGAAGACGGACAAAAACAAGAACGACCCUCUCGAUGUCACCGAUGAGUUCGCUUCGGGUCACAUUCAAAAGCCUGACGAGGAUGACCCUUGGGGUAGUGCUCAGUUCAACAUUGGUAAGAAGGGGAAGAAAGGCAAGAAGGGCGCUAUUGGAGGGUUUCCUUCUGUUCCCGAUGCGCCUGGCGAGGUCGACCUCCUUGGUGAGCCCGAGUUGCCACCGAUGAAGGAGAUCGAAGCGCCCCCGCCUGAAGACAAGGUCGAAGACGAUGGCUGGGGUUUCAGUACGUCCUCCAAGAAGAAGAAAAAGAAGGGCGAAGAGGACGGUGGCAAGCUUAGCAAGACGACCACCAAGGAUUCAGCUUCGAAAUCUGCCAAGGACACGUUCGAGGACCUCAUCAAUCUCGACGAACCGCCGAAGGAAGAAGAGCCGCCUGUUCCGGAGCUUCCGAAGAGCACUUGGGUCGAAUACGUGCCUCCACCGCCUCCGAAGAAAGAGACCGGCACGGCGAAGAAGAAACGUCUAGCGCAAGAGAAGAAAGAUAAAGAGAAGUGGGAUAAGGAGCAGCAGGAGCGCAUCGACCGGGAAGAAAAGGAGACAGCGGAAUCCGCCGAGAAAGCCCAGGCUGAAGCCGCUGAAGCCGAGGCCGAGAAGCUUCGACUUGAAGAGGAAGAAGCAGAGAAGGCACGUAUCGAAGCCGAAGAGGCAGAAAAGGCACGGAUCGAGGCCGAAGAAGCGGAAAAGGCUAAGAAGGAAGCUGAGUCUAGCUCUGGCUGGGGAUCAUCGAUCUGGGGCUCUUCGAAGAAAAAGGAGACCUCGAAGCAGAAGAAGGAGCGUGAAGCGAAGGAGAAGAAAGAGCGUGAGGCGCAGGAGAAACUUGAGCGCGAAGAGAAGGAACGCGCCGAGCAAGAGGAGCAGGAACGUAUCCAACGGGAAGCCGAAGAAGCCGCAGAAGCCGAGCGAAUCCGCAUCGAAGCGGAAGAGGCAGAGAAGGCACGGGUUGAAGCUGAGGAGGCUGAAAAGGCUAAGAAAGAGGCAGAGGCGAGCUCUGGCUGGGGAGCAUCGAUCUGGGGUUCCUCCAAGAAGAAGGAGACGUCCAAGCAGAAGAGGGAGCGUGAAGCGAAGGAGAAGAAGGAGCGAGAAGAACAAGAGCGUCUUGAUCGCGAGGCCAAAGAGGCAGCAGAGGCAGCCGAAGCAGCAGAGAAGGAGGCAGCAGAGCAGGCCCAGAGAGAAGCGGAGGAGGCAGAGCAGGCCCAGAGGGAAGCGGAGGAAGCUGAAGCCGCCCGAUUGGCCGAAGAGAAAGCGGCUCUUGAGGCUCCACCGUCAAAGAAGGACAAGAAGAAGAAAAAGAAGGGUGUCGUUGUCGAAGAACCUGUACCUCCGCCGCCACCUCCAGCUCCUCCUGCGGUUGACGAUGACCUCCUCGAUCUUGUCAAAGACAGGAGUCAGGCGGUGGCUGGGGUAGCGCUUGGGGGGAUUUCUCUGCGCAAGACCAAAAAGCCUGAACCGAAGCCUGAACCUAAAUGGGACGAUUUCGUGGACGCUGAGUCAGCUCCGCCCCCUGUCGAAGAGAACCCGCCAGAACCUCCAGUCGCUGACGAACCCGCGCCUGAACCCGUGCCUGAACCUGAACCGGAAAAGAAGUCAUCAAAGCUCAAGAAAUCGAAGAAGGGUGAGAAGAGUUCGUCGAAGAGCAAGUCCAGGGCAGUAGAGCCCGAGCCCGAACCCGUACCAGAGCCCGAACCUGAGCCUGUGUUCGAGGACGCUCUUGACGACACCGCACCACCGCCUCCGCCUGAGCCGCCCGUAGUCGAGGUUGAGGAGCCGACGCCCAAAAAGUCUUCCAAGUUGAAGAAGGAAAAGGGCUCCUCCAAAUCCAAGUCCAAGAAAGACAAGUCUCCGCCUUUGGAGCUUCCUGAGCCGGAGCUUGUCGAAGAACCUCCCAAGAUGGAUCUGAUCGAUCUGGGCAUGGCGCCGCCGCCGCCUCCAGCAGACCCUGAACCUGAACCUGAACCUGAACCUGAACCUGAAGCGGAGCCUGAGCCAGAACCCGAGCCAGUCAUCGUCGAGAAGAAGUCCAAGAAGAAGAAGGACAAGAGCAGCAAAAGCAGCAAAAGCAGAGCCAUUGUGCCCGAGCCGGAGCCUGAACCCGUCGUCGAGGCGCCGCCGCCACCUCCACCGGUCGAGGACUUCAUGGACGAUCUGCUGGACGAUGAACCUGCACCGAUGGACGCAGAAGCUCCGCCAGCUCCUCCCACACCCCCACCCGAGCCAGAAGUGAAGCCUGAUUCCGCGAAGAAGGAGCGCGCGAAGGUUGUCCGAAAAGGUGGCUCUAAUGCUUGGGGCCUGUGGACCACUGCUGGUGCCGCCGCUUCUGCCUCAAAGUCCAAGUCGUCCAAGAGACCAUCUGACGACGGUACCAGCAGUGCAGCGCCCUCAAGACCCAGCAUGUCCCGCUCCAAAUCCGCGCGUGCUCCCUCUUCGCGCGAGAAGGACGUGGUAUCCAGAUCAUCGGGAUCAGACAAGAUGAGCAAGACUCCUUCGCGCGCAAAGUCUACACGCGCUUCUACAGGUCUUGCCUCGAUGUUCGGAGUGGGUCCUCCGCCAUCGAGUCGCACCAAAACGCGCCGUGGUUCAGCCACACCCCGCACGAUGUCUAGACGGCCAUCGUUCGAUCAAGAUGCCGCGAUGAUGUCGCCUCCUCAGACAGACACAGACGCGAAGGUCGCCUCCAAGGCUGCCAAGGUAAUGGGCAUGAGAGGCUCGGUCAGCAGACGAUCCAGUACCAGGGAAAAGGGCAAGUCUCGAGGUAAGAAGAUCGCCCCCAAACGGCCGAACGUGCGUAAGCGGAGAACCCAAGCUAACUGUUUUUGGGCAGCUCCCCCGGACCCGUAUGCGUUAGACGACGAUCACGAUAUCGACAUGGGGCUCGACGAGGAGGCCCCGCCUUCACCUUCACCUGUGCCCAAGUCCAAAUCGCGUCGCAAAUCCAAGCACGACUCCGCAUCGCCUGUCGAAGAACCCUCGACAGCCCCGCCAAGCGCUGAGGACCCUGUCGACAUGGAUCAGAUGGACGUCGAGCCAGCCCCAGCUGAACCGACCCGCCGCGAGCGACACCGUCGUGAGCGCGGCAACUCCAGCGCGCGCGACACCAUCGCAGGAGCAACAGCCGGUGCAGCCGCUGCCACUGGAUUGAUGAGCAUGUUCGGCCUCGGCAAAAAGAAGGACAAGGCUGCGCCGCCCGAAGACGACAGGCGCGAGCGCCGCAGGGCCCACGAGACAGAAGACGAGCGAAAACGCCGCAAGCGAUCCUCUGCGCGCGAUGGACUUAACGAUGACGAGGCGAAACGGCUGCGACACGAGCGUCGCAGCGUACGUCGCUCUUCGCGCAUGCCUGACGGCGACGUGGAAGGAGGUGCUGAGCUCGGUGAUGGCGCCAAUGGCAGCACCGAUGUUGACCCUGAGCGCGAAGCCAGACGCGCCGAGCGCAGGGCGAAACGACAGGCAGAGAAGGAUACGCGUCGUGCGGAGCUUGAGGAGAUUGAAGGCAAGGCCGAGCGUCGCCGCGAGCGCGAACGCGACAACGAGCGCACCGUCUUCGCUGAGAAGAAGGCCAAACAGAUGGCUGAGCUAGAGCGACGGAACAAGGAGGCCGAAGAACAGCUGCGCCGCAUGAACGAGAAGGAGGCGCGCAAAGCUGGCCGGGAGUCACGCAAGGGCCCUGAAGACCGUGAACACCGCUCGUCUCGACGCAAAGACAAGGAACGGGAGAAAUCGUCUCGCCCGGACAACGAGAGGCGCAAGACUCACAUCGACGGAGAAGACCCCGAGGAACGCCGUCGCCGCCGCGAAGAACGCCGCGCUCAAAGACAUAACUCAGAGUACCCUGCUACCAAUGGCAACGGCGAGCCCAUCACCGACUACUUCGACCAGCGCAAUGCGUCUCAGCACAACUCUCGACACCGCAGCUCGCACCGCUCGCGCGAAGAAGAGAACAUGCCGUACAUUGCCAAGGGCGGCGACAAGACAUCUUCAUGGGUCGACUCGCUCUCCAAUGAACCACCUCUUCCCCCUCCGCUCGCCGAAACGGUGUUCGAUCCUCCGCCCACUGCUCGCGACGGCCUCGGUGACGAAGAGAGCCCUUCAGCUGACGAAGAAAUUCGCAUGCGCAUCCGGCAUCCCAAGCGGACGAGCAAGCGCGAAAAGGAAGAGCGUGAGCGUGAGAAAGAGCGCGACCGUGAACGCGAGAGGAAGAGCCACAGACGGCGUUCGCACUAUGAGGGGACGAGGGACGAGGAAGAGGGCAUGGAGAGAAGAUCUCGCCGCGAGGAACGCAGGAAGACGUAUGCGCCCGAGUAUGCGGAUCCGCCGGUCAGGACGUGGGAUGGCGGCCGGCGGCGGAUGGCGCGCAGGGGCAGGGGAAGAGGGGGUUGGUUCAAGAAGAUAUUCUAG